GGAUCGUCUGCGCCUGAGAGCCAAUAGGGGAGGCGAGCAGUGAUGGGCGUGUUUUGAAGGGGAUACUGGCGGCUGCCCCGCGCCUAGUCUAACGGCCGCCCUUGAGCCCCUGCAUGCGCGUGCCUGCGCAUGGGGGAUAAGGGGGCAGGGGUUGGUGACACAAGCCCGACCCCCCGCCCCUCCCCCGCUCUCCGACUCUUACUGUUAGUCACCGCGUUUGCUCCCUGCUGCCGCCCCUCCCGCCUUGCCCCUCCCCUUGGCCCGGUGCCUGCCCUCCUCCCGGCCAGUGUGUCCCGCUGGCCGCCCCGGAGCCCGGUGUAUGUGCGGCAAUAACAUGUCUGCGCCGCUCCCCGCCAUCGUCCCGGCCGCCAGGAAGGCCACUGCCGCGGUCAUAUUUCUUCAUGGAUUGGGAGAUACUGGACAUGGCUGGGCAGAAGCAUUUGCAGGUAUCAGAAGUCCACAUGUAAAAUAUAUUUGCCCACAUGCGCCAGUUAUGCCAGUUUCUCUGAACAUGAAUAUGGCAAUGCCAUCUUGGUUUGAUAUUAUUGGUCUCUCCCCGGAUGCACAGGAAGAUGAAGCUGGGAUCAAGCAGGCGGCAGAGCAUGUUAAAGUACUGAUAGAUCAGGAAGUGAAGAAUGGAAUUCCUUCUAACAGAAUAAUUUUGGGAGGCUUUUCUCAGGGAGGUGCUUUGUCAUUGUAUACAGCUCUUACAACACAUCAGAAAUUAGCAGGAGUCAUAGCACUCAGUUGUUGGCUUCCACUACGGACCUCUUUUCCACAGGGUGCUAUCAGUGGUGUAAACAAAGAUAUUCCUAUUCUUCAGUGCCAUGGGGACUGUGACCCUUUGGUUCCUCUGAUGUUUGGUUCCCUCACUUUUGAGAAGCUAAAGAGUCUGAUAAAUCCAGUCGAUAUAACCUUCAAGACUUAUUCGGGCAUGAUGCAUAGCUCAUGUAUUGAGGAGAUGAUGGAUGUAAAGAAGUUCGUUGACAAACACCUGCCACCAGUUGAUUGACAAGAUUUGAGUUGCCUUUUGUAUAAAAACACCAGCAUCAGCUUUGGUAGAAUGUGUUAAUCUUUUCACAUGCCCAGUUCAAAAGCAUUAUUUCUACACCUUCUGUGUUGCAAAUGUAUACCAAGAACACGGACUAAGUAGUAUAUUUCACAAGAAAUGGUAAUCUUUCAAGUAAAUCAUACACUGGUGGGAUUAUAGGGAAUGAGACAGCUAGAUAGUGUGUCAGAAUGUAUCUGAGAAUACAAUUUUAAGAUGUUUCUGAUUUUUUGAUUGCACCAUUUUUAAAGCAGUCAUGUGGCUAAUUAAACUCAUUUUGGUUAAAUGAGCUGUUUAAACAUGACCAGCUUGUAUGCUUGGGAUAUGAUGUAUUCCUAAUACUUGUUGAAAGUAUAUUAAGAUACCCUGAUAUAUAUCUUGUACAUAAAAUGUGCAACAUGUAAAACAUAAGAGGCAUGUGAUGGUAGAAUGAAUAUUAGUGAGGAUAAAGCUUUAAAUGUUAAUGGUUUAAACAUUGCUACUGCACGUGAAGAGGGGGGUUCUCUUACCUACAAAUGAAUACAUACCAAUGACUCUAGUUAUAGCAUUUAUUCCAGUCUAGUUUUUAACCUUACAAAUAGCGUCUGAUGUCAGAAAAGAAAACAGUUGCUAUCUCAUACACCCUCUACCCCCCAAAAUGGGUUGACAUCACAGUAACUAAGGGGACUCAGCAGUUUAUCACUAGUCCUGUGUUUACCACUCAUCACAAUUUGGUGAUAGCUCACGUUUAUUAGUGUAAAUUGAUCUCUGAUGCUGACUCGUGAAACUGAGGUUUAAAAAAAUACAUGAAACCUUUCCAUUUUAAGAUUCUUGUUUUCAUAUUGCAUGUUUUUCCCACACUGGAACCCUCAUGGGUUUUGUCUUGUGUAGCUUACUGAAUUUUUUUAGAAAUAUUGACAAUGUAUUUUACAUGAGCAAUUCAAGUGUCUUGUUUUAUUUUUCUGCUUUGCUCCAGAAUAAUCAACUGGAAAAGCAAUGCAGAUGUUGCACACAAAUUAUGGGUAUUGUUGAACAGACUCCUCUACAACAUUGGUAUUUAACUACUUUUUAUUUCCUAAGUGCUGCAGUAUGAAUGUAAUAUGGAAUUGUAGUAACUUAGUCAUUAUAGUGAGAAACUGCCAACUGUUUUUUCUUUACUUUGAUUGCAAGUUCAUCAUGGGACGUCAGCUUUUGUCUAAAAAGAAAAUGACAUGUAUGACUUUCCACACGUAGGUGUGCUCCAUGUUCAUCCAGUGCCCGAGAAUAUUCUAGGAAUAUGAAAAUGGGACUUGUCAAACCUUUGAAACAGAAGGAAUUCUAUAUCUCAUGGAAGUUACAAUUUUGGGAAUUUGUGGUAUAAUAGAAACUGAUGAUACAAAUUCAGCAAGAGACUAACUGUGUUGAAAUAGUGUCCUGCUAAUAGAAAACUAGAGAUGAAAGAUCAUUUUAGCAGAAAGAUGAAAUGGAUGAUCAAUAUAGGAUUCCUUCCUAGCUUACUUUAUAGUAUUUUGUUCAAUCAAGUUUUAAGUGUUUGAUGUUGCAGGGUACCUAAUACAUCUUAUUUUGGGAAAUUAUUUCCAGAUAGCCUGAAUUUUUCGUUUUAAUUUCAUUCCAUUACCCCAAUAACUACAUACAUCUCAGCUUAUCAAAUUAAAUAGGAUAUUUCUCCAUUUGAUGUUUGCACACUUCAGCUAUUUGGAGACUCUCAUGCUCCCUUCUUAGCCAAUAUAUACAUAUUUUAACUUUAAUGCUUGCUCAUAAUUCUCACACACCCUGCCUCAGACUACUGUUCUCUAGAUAUCCUCCAAUUCAUCUUUCUGGUAGUGUGAUGCCCAGAAGAGUACAAUAUUCCUGUCUUGGUCACCCCAAAAUUGUACUGAGAAGUAUUAUACUUCCUAGCUCAGAAACAUGAUCCCAAAACUGCAUUGGAUCCUUUUACAAUCAUUUCAUGUUGCAAACUCAUAUUUAGCUUGCUUACCACUAUAAUCCCUAAUUCUUCCAUUAUUACUGCUUCUGGCUCUUACUCUGUCAUGUGUGUUGAAUGAUUUCUUCUCAGUAUAAACUUCUCUUCCAAACUUAUUUGUGCACAUUUCUAAUUUCCAAGUCCUUUCCUGUUAUUUCCUGUACUGCUUGCAGUGCCUUCAGUUUAGUAUUGGUUAACUUCAUUAACAAAGAUAUUAAAAUUAGACUAGUUUUAGCUCUGUUACCUGUUGUAUCCCACAGUAUUUUCCCCAACUUUAUACAUUACAGUCCACUGUUAACUUUUGUUUACAAUGUGUAGCCAGUUUGUUGUCCUCAAGGGUUCCUGUACAAGUCAGCUUGAAUUAAUUUUCCAUUAAAACACAUUGUCACUAUCAAAUGCUCUACUAAAAAUGAAUACUAAUACUGGAUCUACUGCAUUGUGUGCUAAUUUUGUCCAAAUAUCCAGUCAUAUCUAACAAGAUUUAUCUUUAAACAGUAAUGCUAUGCUGCUGCUUGUUACCCUUUAGGGCAGUGGUCACCAACCUGUUGAUCACUAUUAAAUGGCCGAUCCUGGAGACUCUCCCAGUCAAUGGUGAUCUCCGGCCGCUAAAAGUCUGGUGGUGCAGCAGGGCUGCUGCUAAGGCAGGUUUUCUGCCUGCCCCGGCUCCACGCCGCUCCCGGAAGCAGCCAGGACGCCCCUGUGGCUGGGGAGAGGACAGGGGUCUCCAUGCACUGCUCUUGCCUGCAAGCACUGCCCCCGCAGCUCCUGUUGUCUGGGAUCAGGGAACUGCGGCCAAUGGGAGCUACAGGGGUGGUGCCUGCAGAGAGGGCAGUGCUUGGAGCCAUGUGCCCCCCAGCCCCACACUCCCUUAGCCCUGCUGCGCCACCGAGCGGGAGCCGCCCGAGGUAAGUGCCACCCAGGGGGAGCCCGCACCCCAGCCCUAAGCGCCCUCCCGGAGUCAGCACCCCAUACUCCCUCCUCCACCCUGAACCCCCUCCUGCACCCCAAGCUUUUGCCACAGACCUGAGCCCCCUCCCAAAGCCAGCACCCCAUACCCUCUCCUGCAUUCCUCACCCCCUCUUGCACCCCUGGCCCAGGCUCAGCCUAGAGCCCCCUCCUGAACCCCUAAGGCCCAGCCCAGAGCUGUGCCGCCUCCUGAACCCCAAUCCUCUGCUCCAACCCAAUGAAAAUGAGUGAGGGUGUGGGAGAGCGAGUGAUGGAGGGAGUGGGGGGAAGGGGCAGGAUAGAUCCUGGAUUGCACUUGAAUUCAAAAAGUGAUCUUGAGCAUAAAAAGGUUGGAGACCACUGCGUUAGGGGCUAGAUUCACCAAAUCUGGUGCAAAUAAAUGUAAACUACUACACCUUGCAUCAGUCUGGCCCAGUGUGCUCCAGGAAGAGAUCCUUCAGGUUUUUCCACCAAGGAGGACUGCUGUGUAGCAAUGGGGAUCAAUAGGAGUUUGAUGCUCGAAAUUACUUCAAGGAUACCUUUGAAUCAACACAUCUCCCUAGUUAGUGCAACAUGCUUCUUGGGCUGUGCUGGACCUUUGUACCCUCUCAGAUUGAAGGGAGGUUGUGUGGAUGCUUUUGCAGCAGGAGCCUCUUCACUAGCAGACAUGGCUACUGAGAAUUCCUGCCAGGAUUAGCAUAUGUGCUAGGUUGAAUAUGAGCCCAGACAAGUGACUUUUUUUUUCUCAAUAUUUGUUCCAUUAUUUUACUAGGGGAUAGAAGUUAGACCUAUGGGAUAGUAAAUACCAAGAUUGCACAUUUGAAAUCAGUACUGCACGUUCCUAGAAUUCAUUUUGUUUACUUAGAUUUUAUUCUUCUCACCCAGACAGAGGAAAGACAUCUACAAACACUGUUAAGCUACUGAAAACAAAAUUUGUUUUUUCUUGUCUGCAUUUUACCCCCAAGAAAUAGAGACCUACAUUUUACAUUAGUUAUGUAGUUUCCGAACACUAAUUAAUUUCAAACACAUGCCUAAUUUUUUGUUAAAACCAAAUUAAAUGUUUUGUUCAGUCGGAAGCUUUGGACCUGCUAUUUGAAUAUUCAGUUUGUUCAUAAACACAAAUUGGGUUGUGCAUUUUUGGACAAAUCCUACAUCCGUUACUGAGGCAAAACUAUUGAUGUCACUGGGAACAUUGCCAUAGUGAGGGCUGGAAGAUUUGGUCUUUACCUCUUACCUUGUAAGUAUUAUAUAAUUGCACACAGUGGGUUGCUGAAAAAUACUAUAUACUAGUUACAGUAUAUUAGAGUUGUUAAAUGUAUUCUCUCUAUGAAGUGUAUUGCACUUCAUAAAACUGUUAAAAUGCAUCUUUUAUAUAUAGGCGCUACUUGACACAUAAUGGAUAUAAUUUUAAGAAUGUACUGUAUAGGAUGUUGAUAAUGAAGCCAUAUGUUUAAGGCCCGGGUAUCUUAAAUUUUAUAAACAAUCAUUUUAAUGCUUCACUUUCCUUUACAUUGAAGAAUAUAAGCAGAUGUUAUUUAACGUAAAAAAUCAAGAUGUUGUUACUUAGUUUACUCAUUUAUUUAUGGUAAGAAACCUUGAGCUUUGUUGAAAUGAUUUCUAUAGUAGGAAAGUGUAAAAAUCUUUGUUUCUAUAAUUGUGAAAUAAACUUCAAACAAUCAGUGUUUGGAAAAAGUA